GUCCGUAAAGACUUGUAUCUUUGUCCCCCUCAAAGUGCAGCAGGGUUUUUCCACAAAGAGCAUUGAGCAGCUGGAAGCGGAUGAUGAGGUCUGCGUCUGCCACCUCAGGAGCUGUUGCAGGUUUCGGCAGAAGGAACAUGCCAUGCAUGUGUAGGAGUUUUGCUUGUUUGGGGGGCAUCAGUGUCGCUAUCAUGCGUCUGAUAAAGUGGGGUAUAUAGGUGGUACCCACGGUGUCAGUGAUGCCCCAGUGCGUCCACCCAUUCCUUAAAGUUUAAUUGCUGGCAUUGCAUGUCAGCUACUUGUUGCUCUAUCGCUGUCAGCCUGGCAUCCUGAUUGCCAGCAGAAGCCUCGAGGUGAGUGAUCUUCUCAUUAACCCCUUCGAUGGCACCCUUGUAGUGGGCCAUGUCUGCUGCUACAUCUUUGCGUAGUUUGGCCAGCAUGCUUUCAAGUAGGUUGGCUGUGACCGUGUUUCCCAUCAUCGUGAGUUUGCUGCAGGUUGCCCCCUCUCCUGGGUCAAUGAAGGCCUCCUCCUCCGAGUAAGAGGACAUCUCUUCCUCCAGCGCCAUUUUGGCCCACGUGGCCUGCUGUCAGUUUCUCAGCAGCUCGCCGAUAUCUUUGGUGUUAGGGCCCUUGUCCGCUCGGUAUUUCUUUUUUUCAGCCCAUUCUCUUCCCCAAGUUAGAAUGUGGAGUCUGGUGUAUUUUUUUCCGGCCAAUUCCACCUUUUUCUCAGUGUUUUACUCGAUUUAUCGCCGAUUUAUCGUCGAUUUAGGCACAGAGCUCAAGACUGUGCCUACGCUCUGCUCACCAGUUAGCAAGUUAGUAAUGAACAUUUUUGCAUAUUUUUGUACCUGUAAGAGCUUUGAACCUUACACUUAGUACAAUCAACCAUAAUACCAUUAUUAUCAUUGUAAACCUAAUAACAAUUUUAACAUGGAUGAACCAGUCUACACGAGCAAUAGGGUCAGGAUCUAGCUCAGGCAGUGGCGGAUCCAGGGGGGGGCAAUGGGGCAAUUGCCCCCCCCCCGAGAAUACCGAGGGUCUCCCUCUCCCCUGCCAGCACAUGCAGGCGCCAGCCCUGCAAUGUGCCUGUGGACCGGGAAGGGAGAGCAGAGAUCUCCCUCCCCGGUCCGCAGGCACUGUGCUGGCAGCCGGCGGGGGAGGGAGGGAAGGAGGGAGUGAGAGAGAGGACCCGGGAGCUCAGGCUGCAGCUCCUCCGGGUCCUCCUCUUGUGAGAUUUGGAGAGUUGCUGUGGUUACCACGGCAACGCUCCAAAUCUCGCGAGAGUGAACUCUAGCCCUGGAGCGCGGGCUAGAGUUCACUGGAACCACUGGGCCACCAAUGAAUCCCCCACUGAACCACCAGGGAAAUGCCCCCCCUCCCCCCAGUAAAGGUAAGAAGGGAGGGGGGACAUAAAUAUAUAUUUUAAAUAAAUAAAAAAUGUAUAUAUAUAUAUAUAUAUAUUGUGACGAGACCAAUCUCGCCACAUUGCACUGGAGAAGCCUGGUUGCUCGCCUGUUGCCUUUGGAUUAUGGCCCCAUGGUAAAAGGCUUGAUUUUCCCCUGCAAAGACAAGAAAGCCGGGUCAUUUGGUGCUUGCCCUGUUUGAGCAGUGAUACCCCAGAUAGCUAUGCCAUGGAACCCAUUCGUAUAAUGAAAGACUAUGGGAAAGACUUUGGCUCCAUGGCAAUUGAACUGUAUGUGUGUGCUCUGAGCGCCAUUCAGUAAUAAUGUGUGCUCAGAUCUGAGCUAUCUGGGGAUAUGUACCUGUUUUGUGCACUGGCUCCACAGUUAUAUGUUUUUAUGUGUUUUAUUGUCUUUUGCUGCCAUGUGUUCAAUGGAGUUUUGCCUCUGUCCUUGGAGAUAAUUGGAUUACUUCUCAAUUAUCUCCAGGAUAGAAGACUCUGUGGAACUGGUUUUGGGCAGAAAAGCCAUGCUUCCUUUGGUCACAAAGGACUAUGAUCUAUCUUUUGAACCACUGGACCAAUUUGGAUGAUUUUGACAUAUGUUUGUAUUUGGAGUAUGCUGAUUCUGAAAAUGUAUGAAAAUUUUAUGUGAAUGUGAUGCAUACUUUUCAAGUUAUGAAUAAUGUGAAAAUUUUUAUUUCUCUGCUUGUUAUAAUUACAUUACCCAUUGUGUAAGGUAAUUGUAUCACAGGCAGAGGGGAGGAUGUUGUGUGGGAGUGUCUGAGUGUAUUGUAUGUGUUUAUUGGUUGUGUUCCAAAACCCUGUGGGUGAUACUAAUGUGUAAGAAUGUGUACAUAAGCACAAUAAACCCACAGCUCUGACUGUUCACUGCUUGACCCUCAACACGGAGCUUUGUCUCGUUCUUGGGGGGAUUUAUUGUAUGCUGUUCCAGUUCGACUGCUAGGAGUGUAAACCUAUUUUGAUGGUUUUUCCUAUUCGGCUGCUUACGGCAUUCAUAUGGUUUCCUGUUCGGCGGACUGGUGUUCUGCAGUAGCUGUGCCUGUGUCUCUGGAAGGGAAGAUCUUCUAAACGGCGGUCUAACCCUUUUAUGCCUGGGGGUGUUGUUACAUAUAUAUAUAUAUAUAUUGUAAAAAAGCCCCCCUUCCCUUAUCACACACACACAUACACUGCUCCCCCAUACACACACACAGUGUACACACACAUACUGCCCCCCAUACACAUAUACUGCCCCCCCAUACACACAUACUGCCCCCCAUACACACAUACUGCCCCCAUACACAUACACUGCCCUUCCCCCAUACAAACACACUCUACACACAUACACUACCUGAUACACACACACUGCUCCCCAUACACACACACUCUACACACAUACACUACCCGAUACACACACUGCCCCCAUACACACACUGCCGCCCCAUACACACACAUUUCCCACACUCACACAUACACUGCAACUCUCACACACACUGCCACUGUUAUACACACAUACUGUCCCACUGCAUCCAUGACAUACACUGCCGCCCUCACACACACUACAACCUUCACACACACACACUGCUCACACACUGUCCCCCUCACACACACACACACACACACACUGCACCCCUUACACAUUACACCACUCACACACACCACUGCUCCUAUGCCCUACUACUGCCCCAUUUCCCAGCAGACCUGUUCUUAAACGGUUUGACUACUUACUCUGGGAGGGGGUCCCGGUACUAUUGACACCAUAACCACUACACUAAGCUGUAGUGGUUAUUGUGUCUGGAUUAUUUCUUUAAAUAAUCUACAAGUGCCCCUCCCGAGAUCAGGUUCUGGAUCCGCCACUGAGCUCAGGGUACUUGAAUGUGUCCACAGAAAUGUUAUCUUUUCUGAUUGACAUGUAGAUAGUGUGGUUGGGCUUAUGGUCUAGCAAGAAAUUUAGAUUAUGAUCUAGAUUCUGGAAGGAAUCCACCAUCUCAAUAGCACUUUCAAUGACGUCAGUGUACACCGGAUAUAGCGUAACUAUACGAGAGUUGUGGGUAACUUGAUCAGUGAGACAGGUGCUGGUAAUGCAAUUACUUUAUUAGUCACCUGGUCCCCGCGAAAAACACUCAUGUUUUUAUGACACGUGCUAACCAACCAUAUAUCUUUUACUAAGAUAGCAUGUACUAACGCAUUAUCGUCAGUUUUUGACAUAGUCACUUGACAUGUAUCGGAGCCAUGUUUAAUAUACUCGAUCCCACACAAAGCAUUGAUAGAAUCGUACACGAAAGGUUUUCCAUCACAUUGGAAAUUAUUGUCUUUGAAUUUCUCGCAGUCAUUCAAAAUGGGUAUUGAAUACCAAUCUGGUACCCAGGGUUGAAAAGCAAAACAUUUGGGGUUUGGACUUAUACGUGGAUAUCUUCCUUCCUUGUAGCGACAUUGUAAAUUGUUUUCAUUUGAAAAAAGGUUUUUGUGAGUUACAUAGGGGAUGGCCAAUAAAAAGCAAAUCUCCAUGCAUUCUACAUCAAUCAAGAGAGGUAGAGCACUCACCAUCUCAAAGGCCAGAACUCAUGCAACAAUUAUAGCGGUGAGGAACCUUUUGGGUCGGUUGCUCAUCGGAAUAGUACUUGAUACAAAAGGUUUCUGAGCUUGCUCCAAGAUGUUUCACACAUGGUCCUGUGCACUUUGGAGGUGCAUCUGGUACCAAGUUUGUAACUCAGGAAGCUCAUCAAUGAAAUGUUGUACGCCUUCUCGAUGGAAAUCUUGUGGUCCAAGCUGACGAACACACUUUGGGUCAGGAUCCUCUUCUCUGUCAAGAUGAACCCUGGUGUCUCCUGAAUCAGGAUGCCGGAGGAUGGUCCCAUCUCUGCGAUCGGCUCAGUCCGUAGCUCUUGGCACAGGAGCAGUAUGAUCCAGAAACACGCCACAUCCUUCUUAGACAUCUUUUGACAGUCACGGAUCAGGAACUUGUCUCAGACUUAUCUACUAAUGAUUCAAGGGUUGUUAAGCAUUCAAACUUAUAACAGUGUGACAUCACUUGGCCUAGGAUAACACAUUAUUUACGAUUCAUCAACGUUAUGUAUUCUGUCUAGUUAUAUUUUUAUAAAUUCAUCCCUCACUACAUUUGUUACUGAACCCUCAUAGCAGCUAAACAAGCUAGUAACCUGCUUAGAAAAUGUAGUUAUUGGAUGGCAAGGAAAUGGUUAAUGACAUGAACGUACAUGAGAUCAUGGCACAUCACAACAUUUCACAUGAUACGAUACCACGUGAAUCAAGCAUUCAUCCAGGUUAGUCAUUCACUCUUCUGCAUCUGACUCCACACCUAUAAUCCUUAAUUGAGAUUUAGGAUGACAAGCACGCAACUUGUUAAUGUUUAAUCAACAAAGAGGCGCACAUGGAACUCGUGUUCUCUUUGCAAGGCAAACAUUCGAUACACUUUGUGUACAUACAUGUAACGGUUAACAUGUAUUUGUUACCUCUUGAAUAUCCUGUUACAGGACCUAUAAAGUCAAUUUGAAUAUCAGACCAGGGUAACGACAUCCUCCUCUUCUGAAGUGGUGCACGAUGGGUUGGAUCAUGGGGUUGAUAUUGCGGACAAAUCAAGCAUCCCUGACAGUAUGUCUUUACAUCUCUUAACAUGUGUGGCCAAUAUGCAUAAUCACGCAAUAUCUCAUAUGUGAUCUUAUCACCAUGAUGCCCAGAUGUAGGUGCAUCAUGUGCGUGUUGUAGCAUUAACCCUCGGUAUACAGUUGGGACUACCCAUUGUUGUAUGCCAUGUUUAGAAGUUCUAACAAGUAACCCAUCCAUGAUACUAAAUUGGACUUUAUAUCUUAUCAAGAUUCGUAAAUCUUCAUUAUUUUUGCAAUCCUCAUCUGUGAUGGGAUUGGCAGUAGGGUCUUCUAUAUGUUUAUAGAAUAUGCCUAAAACAGGAUCGUUCUUUUGACUAGUGAUCAGGUCCUUACUAGAAGCUUCUUGACUCCAAUGCACGACAUUUAACCCCUUAAGGACCAAACUUCUGGAAUAAAAGGGAAUCAUGAUAUGUCACACAUGUCAUGUGUCCUUAAGGGGUUAAGUCAGCAUUAUCCUCUAGUUAUGACUUUAACAUGAAUUGAAGGCAUAAGAUGGUCAAUGUUUAGGGUUUCACCAUUGAUGGUUGCUUGUUUUGCCAGUGAAUCGGCUAAGUCGUUACCUUCCUUGUCAAUACCCUGUAUUUUAGAAUGGCCCUUGGUUUUCUUCAAAGAUAUAGUCAAACCAUUUUCCUUAACCAAUUCAUAAAUUUUACAAAACAAAUUCCCAUGUUUAACAGGUUUUUUAUUGCUUUUCAGCAUUUGGUUACGUUUCCAGCUAGGCAGAUAUUCGACAAAAUUGUUGCGAACAUAGUUGGAAUUAGUUAUGAUAAUGAAUUAUUUGAUACCCUAUUCUAUUGCCAUUUGAAUGGUCUUAUAUACACAGAGUUUGGCUAUCUGACUGCAUUUGGGACCAAUAUUGUAUCCUAUAGAUAUAUUGGGAUAAUCACCUGUCCAGGCGAUUCCGAUACCUGCAACUAACUUCCGUUCAUUAAUAACAGUAUGGUGAUAUGAACAACCAUUAAUGUAUACCCACGGUAGUGGUUGACAGUAUUCCUCAUCAUAAACUUUAUAAGGGGAUAGCCAUUGCUCUUCUAGGAAGUCAUCUCCGGUGUCAUUAUCAUCCAGAGAUGGAGCAGUACAGUCAUGUAAUUCUGCUAAUCCUUGGGCAACUGGCCUUCUCUUAUUAUGUUUAUAACGGACUUCUAACGGCCAUCCUUGUAAGGAUAGAGUGCAUGCAGUAAUCCGACUGUUAGAGAGGUUACCGUCUGUGAUUCUUUCACUCUGCAGAUACUGUUCGUGGGCAGUUUCUACAAUUAUUUUCUCACCUUGGAUAUAGCUACAAAAACUUUGCAGUGCCUAAACAGUCGGCAAUAACGCCUUCUCACACGUGUUAAAUUUAACUUCAACAGGUGACAAAGUCUUGCUAGCAUAUGCAAUUACUUUGUUUAGGCUGUCCUGCUUCUGAUACAGAACAUCACUUAUGCUUAAAUCGGUAUAUCCUGUCUCCAGGUAGAAAGGUUUAUCCGUCUCUGGGUAUGCUAAAUAGGGUGCCUGAGUGAGCUUCUUCCUCAGUUCACUUACCGCUUGGUCCUGAGGCUCCCCCCAGUUCCAGGUAGUUUCCUUUUUAAGCAGGUGUAAGAGUGGUUUUGUUAUUUCUGCAUAGUUAUCUAUAAACUUACAGGAGUAGUUAGUCAUACCAAGGAAUGAUCUUAAUUCCCUGAUGUUAGUAGGUGUUUUUGCCUUUAGUACAGCUUCAACCUUCUUCUUCUGUGGAUUUAACCCUUUAGAAGUUACCUCAUGCCUAAGGAAAUUUACAUUGGUGCCACACCAUUGUGCCUUUUGUAAAGACAGUUUAAUCCCUGCCUCUCUUAACUGAGUGAGAACAUGUCUAAUCUCUAGGAUAUGCUUAUCAAAGGAAGUGCUUUUCAGCAAGACAUCGUCGACAUAUGAUAACGUUCCUCUCUUGAGUGCAUCAGGCAUAGCUUAAUGCAUGAACACAGUGAAUUCAUGACCAGAGUUUAUGUAACCGAAAGGCAUACGGGUCCAGGUAUACUGCUGUUUUCCAAAUGUAAAGGCCAAUUUGUAUUGGUCUUCAUCAUGGACUGGUACAGUCCAAUAUCCCUGCGCACAAUCAAUGGCAGUGAAUAUUUUGGAUCCCUGCAUUUAUACCAAACAUUGGUCUAUGUAUGGCACUGGCCAACCAGACAUAUAGACAUGUUUAUCUGUCGUAAGUCAGCGCAUAAACGCUGUUGUCCAUUAGGUUUCAGAAUUCCAAGGAUUGGAUUAUUAUACGAACUGUGCACUGGAUGUACAAUUCCGCUUUCCAUCAUAUGAAGCCAAUGGAAGUCUAUAUUGUUUGAUAAAUACAGGUGGUAAAUUUGGAUCAGUUUUUAUUCUGGCUAUGUGGAGGUUAGUUAACCCACAGUCAUAGGAAUCUUUGGCAAAAAUAUCUUGGAAUUCCAUAAGGAUUUCCCUUAGCUGUUGCCGCUCAGCUCAGCUAAAGAUAUUAGUUCUUCAAGCCUUUCCUUAAAUCCUGGAAAGAUUUCAGGCUGACCUAUCUCAUAAGCUUCUUCAAGCCUAGAAGUUAGGUCAGUUCGGUGUUGACAUACCUUUUCUCUUUGGUCGUGAUAAUCUCGUGAUUCCUCCUCAUUGACGGUAUGAUCGAAGGUGAUUGAGGCCUCUUCGAUUUUACACCAGCCUUUUUCGACGUUAAAGUGAUAUACAGAUAGGGUAGUGAAUAAUCCUUCUGGUGAGGAAUGCAAUAUUUUAUCAACAAUUUGAUCCUCAGUUAAGUAUUCUUCAGGUAUGAGGCCUAUAAUUUGGUUUUGGAAACCAAAUAUAUAGUACUUAGCAUCCAAUGCUAGACCUAAUGAUGUUCCUUUUGGUAAAGUAACACAAUUGAUGCUCAACCUCUGAUGCUCGCCUUCAAGACUUCUCCAGGGCUGCACCUAUUCUGUGGAACUCCCUUCCCUCCUCAAUCAGACUUUCACCCAGCCUCCAUUCCUUCAAAAAAUCUUUGAAAACUCACUUCUUCAUUAAAGCGUAUCAAUUAAACUGUCAGCAGGUUUCUCAUCCCCCACCCCAUGACUCCGUUCCUGCACCUGUCAAAAAUGACCUACCAAGCACUCAAUAAACCCUUCUGUAACAAACUAUUUAAUUCCCCUACUUUAACCCUUUGUGUCACUAUACCCCACUCCCUCUAGCAUGUAAGCUCAUCGAGCAGGGUCCUCAACCCCCUCUGUUCCUGUACGUCAGUGGUCUAAUCUCAAUUAUGAGUCUGUUAGUCCACCUAUUGUACAGCACUACGGAAUUUGUUGGCGCUAUAUAAAUAAUAAAAUAAUAAUAAUAAUAAUAAUUGGGUGUAACAUUGUUGACUAUUACAUAGGUUGGAUUCUUACCAAUACUUACCAUUGGUGUAUGUGUUAUCACGAAUCCUAAUUGUUGUAUCCUAUUGGAUAAACAGAUUAGGGCAUCAGAGUUUUUCAAUCUCUGACCCUUCUUGACCUGUAGGGGUAAAAGAAAGUUACUUGUCCCUUGUGGAAUGGUUAUGUCAUCAGGUACUUGGAUACUUACCGGUAGUACUUGUCCUGAUUUCAGGGUAUUUUCCUCGUGUUGGUAUCCACAAGGAUUACCUUUUAACCUUGUCCACAAGUUGGAAUUGAUCAGGUCAAGGUGUAUGGCAAAGCGAUGUAUAACGUCAUUGCCAAUGUAAACCUGAUAGCGAGGUUCGUCUAUUACUAGGAAUAAAUGUUUACCAUCUUAUUUCCUAUGGAAAUGGAUAGUAAAAAUUUUGCUAUCACAUGGUGACUCUCUGAUUUGCCAUCCAUGUUCUGGAUCCACCUGUCAUGUGGGGAAGCAUACAAAAUACAAAUGGUGAGGCGCUUAUGUAAAAGUUAACAAUUUACCUCGUAUAACCUGAUGUAACAGAGAUGUGUCAAUUCGGAAGUCGUAAAUUUCACUGGUAUACAAAUUCUUAAGGUACAAAAGAAACAAUGUACAUAGUGUAAAUCGUAUAUAUAUAUAUAUAUAUAUAUAUAUAUAUAUAUAUUAGAUAUAACUUAUAAAGAGAUACAGAACACUCACAAGUGUGGAGCUAUAAACCCUGCUCCGGUGUGGAUGGUUGUGAGUCCAUAUGGGCGACCCCCCCCCCCCUUUAACACUGAUUAGGUGGUCCUUCCUAGGGUUGGUAAGAAAUAAAGCCACAACAGUAUAGCACUUGUAAUGGCUACCCAGGUUAUAAGAGGGUAUCAGCCGUUGGAGAUGUCCUUUUCCUGGCAAGCUGGAGAUCAUGCCAAACUAAUCUUAUUGAUUUUUUUGAUUGGGUAACUAAAAUAAUAGAUCAGGGUGGUGCAGUAGACAUUGCUUACCUAGAUUUCAGUAAGGCUUUUGACACUGUUGCACAUAGAAGGCUUAUCAAUAAACUGCAAUCUUUAAGUUUCAAUUCAAAUAUUGUUGAAUGGGUAAGGCAGUGGCUGAGUGACAGGCAACAGAGGGUUGUAGUUAAUGGAAUAUAUUCGAAGCUUGGACUUGUCACCAGUGGGGUACCUCAGGGAUCUGUACUUGGACCCAUUCUCUUUAAUAUUUGUAUUAGUGAUAUUGCAGAAGGUCUUGAUGGUAAGGUAUGUCUUUUUGCUGAUGAUACUAAGAUAUGUAACAGGGUUGAUGUUCCAGGAGGGAUAAGCCAAAUGGACAAAUGAUUUAGGUAAACUAGAAAAAUGGUCAGAAUUGUGGCAACUGACAUUUAAUGUGGAUAAGUGCAAGAUAAUGCAUCUUGGACGUAAAAACCCAAGGGCAGAGUACAGAAUAUUUGAUAGAGUCCUAACCUCAACAUAUGAGGAAAGGGAUUUAGGGGUGAUUAUUUCUGAGGACUUAAAGGUAGGCAGACAAUGUAAUAGAGCAGCAGGAAAUGCUAGCAAAAUGCUUGGUUGUAUAGGGAGAGGUAUUAGCAGCAGAAAGAGGGAAGUGCUCAUGCCAUUGUACAGAACACUGGUGAGACCUCACUUGGAGUAUUGUACACAGUACUGGAGACCGUAUCUUCAGAAGGAUAUUGAUACCUUAGAGAGGGUUCAGAGAAGGGCUACUAAACUGGUUCAUGGAUUGCGGGAUAAAACUUACCAGGAAAGGUUAAAGGAUCUUAACAUGUAUAGCUUGGAGGAAAGACGAGACAGGGGGGAUAUGAUAGAAACAUUUAAAUAUAUAAAGGGAAUCAACACAGUAAAGGAGGAGACUAUAUUUAAAAGAAGAAAAACUACCACAACAAGAGGACAUAGUCUUAAAUUAGAGGGACAAAGGUUUAAAAAUAAUAUCAGGAAGUAUUACUUUACUGAGAGGGUAGUGGAUGCAUGGAAUAGCCUUCCAGCUGAAGUGGUAGAGGUUAACACAGUAAAGGAGUUUAAGCAUGCGUGGGAUAGGCAUAAGGCUAUCCUAACUAUAAGAUAAGACUAGGGACUAAUGAAAGUCUUUAGAAAAUUGGGCAGACUAGAUGGGCCGAAUGGUUCUUAUCUGCCGUCACAUUCUAUGUUUCUAUGUUUUUUUAAUAAUAAUUCACUAUUGUCUCUGUAAACAAUCCUAUGUGAUUUGGAAUAAGUGCUAGUACCUAUUUCCAUUUAUUAUGUGGGGAAGCGUACCUGACCAUUUUAGGAUUAGCGAUCUGCCUUAAAAGACUUCUGCUAAUAUAGCUGUUCUCACUCUUUAAGUCCAGCUUUGCAUUCCUACUUCUUCCUAAGUCAUUUAUUUGAAUAGGAAAGAAUAAGUUGUUAUUAACCCUUUCAAUUCUGACAAUGAAUUGAGCAUGACCUGCCAGAUCACCAGAUUCAACAUAGUCCCUGUGGAGAGAAAUGGUUAAAACAUCACCUUCCAGAGAGAUAUUAUGGAUCCUCUCUGGAACAACUCUUACGGAAUGUUCAUCUACAGGUGCAAUUGCGUCAUUUACCUGCAGGAUAGUCACGUAAGGUGACUGACUAUUUCUAAAAUGUACCUCAAUAGCAUCAAAUCUUUCAUCUAUCACAUGGCAGUUGCGUUCAGAUUGAACAUGUGAUUUCUCAUAGGUUAUGGGAACCUUAGCUUGUGACCAUACAAUUACAUUCACACAAUCAAUAAUUGUGUUAAGUCUUCUGAGUAUGUCUAUACCCAGAAUCAGUCGGUUAUAGGGGAGAUCUACCACUAUUACCGGGUAUCUAAAGGUUUUGUUACCUAUUUUAAACUUUAACCAGGCACUGCCAAUAACAUGAAGGGCAUUUCCUCCUACACUCAACAGAUCAUUGGGGAAUUAUACUAGUGAUGACUUAUCCAUUGCUAAGUCCAUUACCUGCUGGAAGUAGGUAUUGGAUAAGAUAGUAGCUUGUGAACCAGUAUAUAUUAACCCUUUGAAAUGCUGUGGUAGCGAAUCCUGUAUUUCUACAGACAUGUAGUACCUUCCUUCGUGCUCUUCUAAUUCACAUAGGAAUUUAGAAUGUGUCAACAUAUGACUUGUUUUCCAUACAUUACCUGUCACAGCAGUAGUUUCUACCAGUAUUGAGGAAUGCUCAGUCUUACCCACUGGUUCAUCCUCCUUAGGAAUAUCUUGAACUAUCAAGCGGGAACUAGUUGUCGGCAUCUCAUCAGUUAACCCUUUUAGGUCUGAAUCCUGGAAACUAGAGGCUGCUAGGGAUAUUUUAGCCUUUGGCUGAAAUGAAAAAGCAGAGGGACAUCUUGUGCCUCCUUCACCCGGAAGUGAAGUGACGGGGUAGGCAGUAGGUUUCCUAACACAACUAUUGUUUGUCUGAUUGUGAGGAUCUGGAAAGGAAACAGGGUUAGGCAUUACAUCUACUGAUAAACCAGCCUGUUUAGUCAUAGUGCCUAGUAUUGCUACGGCACCUGUUGUUGGCUCUGCAAUUGGGGCUGUCCCUAAAAAAGGAUUUUUGGCAAAGACUUGGUUAAUCUUUGUCAUUUUCUCCAUUAAUUUGACCAUCUGGUCGAUCAAUUGACCAACCUGACAACGUAAAUUAUUUCCACCAUUGCCGUUUUGUCCUUGCCCAUUAGAAUUAGGCUGGGAUGGCUGAGACUGUUGGGAGUUAUUAGAAGCAGAUUGGUUGUUUCUGUUUCCCUAUCUCCUGGUUGCCUAAGGAUUCCUUCUCCAUUGGGAACUGCCUUGGUUCUUAUUGAACCAGGGGCGUUUAUUUCCAUUGGCAUUGGACUUUUCAGAGUUAUUAUCAAAGGAAUUAACAAGAUUGCUUAUGACUUUUUCCUGUUUCUGAGGUUUUGGAGUUUUCAAAACCUCAGAAUAGGUCCUCUUUUUUUGUUGGGAUUCUAAACCUAACUGAAUUUGAGUCUGUGACAUCAUUUUAUCACCAGGUUUCGUAACCUUUUGAUGAUUUUUGUCAUGUGCAUGGUGUAUGGUAUACAAUUUCAUGCACUGACAGGACAUUAGCUGUAUAGCUUGAAGACUCUCCAGAUGAAUACGGCAUACUGAAUCAAAGGUCCAUGUAAUAUACCAUUUCUUGUGGAUGUCAUCAUACAUGACCAAUGAAUUCAUGGCUCUUUCAUAAUUUUCCAGAUGUUCGGAUAUGUUUCCUGAACUUCUAGAAAAUUGUGGGACUGUCUCUUUGAGGAAUUUAAUAACCUUAGGUGUUUCAUAGACAGGCAUAGUUGAUGUACGACCGUUUCUAGUUUCCUUGCUUUUAAGUAAACGUCUAUGUGAUCUGGCUGCUGAAGAGGAAUUAGAUCUGUAUAACAGCGCAGAUGGCAUAGCAGUCACAUCGCUUUCACUCUCAUCAUUCUGAGCUUCUCAUUUACUGUCACAAUUCUGAUCAGCAUCAGAGUUCUGCCAGUGUACAAAACCAUGUCGGUUUUCACUCCUAUCACCCUGAACCUGAUUCCUUCUUUCAAGCUUGGGCAAGACAGUCUUUUCAAAAUGUUCUGCCCAAGAUUGAAAGAUUUUGGCAAUGUCAUGAGAUGGGGAAUCCUGAAUUAGGAAAAACCUGUCUGGUUUGGUGUGGGAAAAUUGUAAUAAGGAUGGGAUUUACAGGUAGCCCUUUCUUGCAUUUUUGUGCAACUUCUUGGCACAUAAUGAUGACUACUAAUCUCACUGUCUGAUUUUUACUCUCCUUUUCGUAUUCUUCCAAUUGCUUUUAAAGCUGAUUUAUUUCCUGUGCAUAUUUAUCCAUCAUAGCUAUCAGUUCAUGAUCAGCCUGAUGGGUUUCAUGCUCAACAAGUAAAUCUUGGAAUUUCCCUUUUGAAUGCCCAGAGCAUUACUGUAUGUGUUCAAUCUGAUACACAGUACCCUAUGAAGAAAGUCCAAGAGUGUAUUAUGUACCCUAUUUUUUUCUCUAUGUUGGUUUGUCCAUCAAUUAAUGUAAGAUGUUCUAUUAUGGGUGAAUAAUUUAGAAUGGAAAUAUUAGCUUAUUAGUUCUAUGUUAUUCAACCAAUCAUCAUAGCUUAGAUCAUUCUUCAUAUAUUUAUAAAUACUGACUAGAGCAUGAAUUCUCAGAUCUUCAAUUAUUUUGACAUUGUCUGAUACACAUGGAUCACUGGCCAUAUUUUUAUACACUGAUUUAAUCUCAAUACAAAACUCUUUUCUAUAUCAAUAUUAAUAUUGCAUGAAUUACACAAAUAGCAAUGCCUCCGAAUUACUGUGUGAAAUAUAAUUUCAACUAAUGAUCUCAGCAGUGCCUCCAAAUUAUGAGGAUACUUAUGGGGUGAUAAAUAUUAAAAUAAUAUUUUCAUAAAAAAUAAUGCAAUAAUUUUUAUUAUAUCAAAAUUUAUAUCUUGGCACUGUAUCCCCGAAUAAUGAUAAUAUAAAGCUGAGAAUUACUCAUGAUUUUUAAUUCUCUUAGAUCCCAGAGGAAGCUCAUUAGAGGAUUUUUACUUCACACAGUAAAUCACAAUUUAAUUAUAAAAAUAUAAAUUAUUGUGACAAUAAUAAUAAAAAUAAAAAUAAUAAUAAUAUGUAACAUGCGUGACAAACAGCAAAUAUUUAGGUAUAACAUAGGCAUACAAUACGGCAAUGGUUUAAACACAAUACAGCAUCUAAAAGCAACCCGUCAACAAUUUAAUGAUUUAUGAUAGUGUACUGUUUAGAAACCAACUUCACAGACAGAAAGCAAAACUCCACAGAACUACAGCACAGCCUAAAGCAAUAAAAACUUCGGCUAGCAGUCAGAUCACACUGAAUUUACCCUUUCACUGCUGGCUACAAUCCUCAUAGGCAAUAUAUACUAUUAUGUGGUAACUUUACAAUUAAAGUACUGUUCAUACCAGAUCAUUUACCAUUCCUAGAACCAUCCAAUAAGAAUAAUUCUAACAGAUUUUACAUUUGCUGAAUUUUUACUUUUCUAAAUAAGAUACACUAUCUUAUUUCAGAACAAGUCAAUAUACCUGGAUAAAAAUAAUGGUAUGCUAACACGCAGCACAUUUUACUGUUAAUAUAUUGUUAUAUUUAUUCCACCUGCAGGAAUGGAAUUUUUAUAACCAUAUAUUCCUUAGCUAAGAUUUCUAAUGAUAGACCAAGAUUUAUCCAGAUAUAUAUCCUUGCUAUUAUUAAAACUUUAAUUAAUUUAAUUUAAUGGAAUAAGACCUGCAUAAUUACCAGUUAGGUUGUAGAUUUUCUUAUCAGAUGUGUAGAUCUGUCCCACGAAUUUGAAUGCAAGUAUAAUGAAUAGAGAAUUGUAUGGGAUAGAUAAAAAUGGUGUUAGCUGCAAAAAAAAUAAUAAUAGUGAAAUUAGGUGUCCAGGAGAGUGUUUUUCUUUAACUAUAUUCCAAUCUCGCCACUGUGCAUUGCAGGAGCCUGGUUGCCCGCCUGCUGUCUUUAGACUAUGGCCCCAUGUUGAAAGGCUUGAUUUUCCCCUGCAAAGACACGAAAGCUGGGUCAUUAGGUGCUUGCCCUGUUUGAGCAGUGAUACCCCAGAUAGCUUUGCCAUGGAGCCCAUUCGUUAAUGAAAGACUAUGGGAAAGACUUUGGCUCCAUGGCAAUUGAACUGUAUGUGUGUGAUCUGAGCACCAUUCAGUAAUAAUGUGCGCUCAGAUCUGAGCUAUCUGGGGAUAUGUUGAAUGUACCUGUUUUAUGCAAUGGCUGCACAGUUAUAUAUUUUUAUGUAUUUUAUUGUAUUUUACGGUCUUUUUACUGCCAUGUGUUUAAUGGAGUUUUUCCUCUGUCCUUGGAGAUAAUUGGAUUACUUCCCAAUUAUCUCCAGGAUAGAAGAUUCUGUGGAACUGGUUUUGGACAGAAAAGCCAUGCUUUUCCACAAAGGACUUCGAUCUAUCUUUUGAACCAAUGGACCAAUUUGGAUGAUUUUGUAUUUGGAGUAUGCUGAUUCUGAAAAUGUAUUUCUCUGCCUGUGAUAAUUACAUUAACCCAUUGUGUAAGAUAAUUGUAUCACAGGCAGAGAGGAGGAUUUUGUGUGGGAGUGUGGGUGGUACUAAUGUUUAUUCACUGAUUGACCCUCAACAUGGAGCUUUGUCUUGUUCUUGGGGGGGAUUUAUUGUAUGCUGUUCCAGUUCGACUGCUAGGAGUGUAAACCUUUCGUAUGGUUUUUCCUGUUUGGCUGUUUACAGCAUUCGUAUGGUUUCCUGUUUGGCGGAUUGGUGUCUUUGGUAGCUGCCUGUACAUCUGGAAAAGGGAUAUCCUCUAAAUGGCGUUUAACCCCUUUUAUGCCCGGGGUGCCGUUACACCAACUGUUUGGAAUUUGAUUUAAAGAGUAUGUGUGUCCCAGAGAGCUGAGUGUUUGAAUGUCUGAGUCUUUGAAUGUCCCUCUCUUUCCUUUGUCCUUACUUUUUAAAGGGCCAAAUUCUCUGCAUGUCACUAAUUGAUAGGAUUAAUAGGAAACUGUAGGUGUGUCCUAUGACAAGGCUCCAGGUUACAGUGGGUGAACCUCUCUCCCUCCAGAGAGUCAAGCAGGAAUAGCUCUUACAAGAGCUCAGGAAAUCCAAGGGAGUAUAGUGAUUAUAACAAUCCCUUGUAGUGAUAUAACAGUUUCCCCCAAUAAGAGACAAGACUCUAGAUUGAGGGUGAAGUAAGUCUGUUUAAUGCAAGCAAGCACUUACAAUUUAUACAUACAUUUAAACUACCAACAGCCUCAUUUACAUACAAUAGGUUACUGUGACAAUAGGUUACUUAUUGCCAGCCUCCUGCCUAAUGACUAGACCCUGGGGUGUAUGGCCCUUUAAAAACAUUAUUUGGGCAUAUUGGAUUGUAACACACUUUUUCUGACACUUUAAUUCCAUGAGAAAAUGUGCCUCUUCCCCUCCCCCGUUUUCCUGUCUAUUGUUUCUCCAGCAGGGCGUUGUCCCAGGGACACUGCCAGACCAGUUUAAACAAGCUGCUUUGUCCUUCAUAAAUCUCUCAUCAGCCCUUGCUAAACUUUAACCCCAUGGCGAUUUUAUUUUGUUUGUGUGAUCUGAGCACUGUUCGGAUAUAUUAAGCACUCAGACCCAAGCUAUGUGGUGGUUCUGUUCAGUAUAAUAGGGAUUACGUAUUUUUAUGUAUUUUUACUGUUGUUGUAAAUGGAGAUAUUCUGGAGAUAAUUAAGUUACCACACCCACUUAAGCCAAUUAUCUCCUAAAUCUGUGGAACUGUUUUUGGCAGGAAAGCCAUACUUGCAGUCGGUCAAAUAGGACUUCCACAUAACGUUUGAACCACUGGGCGGAUUUGUAUGAUUUUUACAUAUGUUUGUAUACUGAUUAUGCUGGUUCUGAAUAUGUGACUUUUAUGGGAAUUGCAUGUAUGGUUUGGAAGUUAUAAAUAUUGUAUAAAACUGUGUAUUUUCUUGCCUAUGAUAAUUAAGUUAGCCCAUUGUGUUGAGGUAAUUAUAUCACAGGCAGAGGGGAGGGUUAGUGUGCCUUGGCUGGGAGUGUCUGACUGUGCUGUAAUGUUUUGAUUGGCUAUUGUAACUGCAUGUCCUGUGUACCACAAGGUGCGCGUGGGUGGUAACUUUGUGGGAAAACCUGCAUAAAAGAAAGUCCAUUGGUGCUCAUUAAAUAGAUCUUCUUGAACCUCAACUCGCAGCUUUGACUCGUGUUUGGAGGGGACAGCUAUAAUCACUACAGGUACUGCUAUACUCUUCAUACUCCCUUAGCUACUGAGCGCUUGUAAGAGCUCUUGUUCCUGAUCCUGCUCCGCUCUACAGAAGGAAGAGAGAGCACCCACUGGAAUAAGGAGCCUGGUCGUAGGUCCAGGGUGAAUAGCAGAUGGCAGAUCCCCAACCCAGCAGUGGCAGUUCUUUGGUGAGCGGUAGGAGCAUCCUAUCUAUGGUCCAAAUUUCAGCUAGCCUGGUGGCAACCGUAACAGUUAUAUAGAGCACUAUAGUACAAGGAAGGGUGGGGUCAGACAAUAGCAAGGGCUGAUGGGAGAUUGAGGAGGGACAAAGCAGCUAGUUUAAACUGGUCUGGCAAUGUCCCAGGGACAAUGCCUUGCUGGGGAAACAAUAGAACAAGAAAAAGAAGGAGGGGAAGAGGAAGAGGAACAGACAAGCAAUACACUCUACGAGAUAAUUGAGUCAUAAACUGUACAAAUUCAACUAUCUCCUGGUACUGAAAAACACACAAUUUACAAACAUUCCUCCAUUUUUUUUAAUUUUUUUUUAGAAUUUAUGUACUUAAUGUAUGCUCUGGGGUUGGUUAGAAGUUUACCGAACCUAAUCACCUUUUUGCACGCAUUAUUGGCUUCCUUAUAUCUUUUAUAGGAUGCAUCUGAUUUGUCCAUUUUAAAUGCUUUAAAUGCCCUUUUCUUAUUUUUAAUCUCUUGUUUUACUUCUCUACUAAGCUACAUUGGUUUCAAUCUGUUUCUUUUAUAUUUAUUACCCAAUGGUACAUACUGAGAAAUGUACCUUUCUAAGAUAUGUUGGAAGAUGUUCCAUUUAUGCUCAGUGUUCUUUUCACUAAAGAGUAUAUGCCAGUCAAUAUAUUGUAAAGCUGCCCUUAAUUUAAAGAAAUUGGCCUUUUUAAAAUAAUAUGUUUAUUUCACAGGACACUAUAUUAUGAUCACUAUUUCCCAAGUACUCACCUACUUGAAUGUUGGUCAAAAGAUCAACGUUUUUUGUUAAAACCUGGUCCAGACAAACAUUCGUUCUAGUUGGUGCUUGUACAAGUUGUGGCAUAAAGGGGUCAUUUAGCAAGUUCAAAAACCUAAUUCCCUUUGCUGAGCUACGAGUCCCUCAGUCCUAAUUUAUGUCUGGGUAAAUAAAAUCUCCAAUAAUUAACGUGUUACCAAGAUUUGCAGCUUUCUCAAUUUCCUUAAACAGCUGUUGUUCCUCGUUAAUAUUAACAUUAGGUGGUUUAUAACAUAUCCCAACCAAUAGUUGAUUUCCCUUCUUUUGCUCCAAGCAGAUAUUUACCCAUAAAGCUUCCACAUUUUCCUCAUCACAUUCCACUUGCUUAAGAUUUGGCUUUAACUCAUGGUUGACAUACAAACAUACCCCACCAGCAUUCUUGUUUUUCCUAUCAUUCCUAAAUAACAUGUACCCAUUUAAGUUAACUGCCCAGUCAUGUGUCACAUCCCACAAUGUUUCAGUUAUGCCUUGUUACGGUUGCCUCCAGGCUAACUGGAAGUUGGACCGUUUGGAUAUCCUGGUUCCCGAACUUAGAGAGUGAGAGCGCCACUCCGAUGAGCAUACAGUAUUAAUUCAUGGAAAUGUAGAACAUCCCACUAGUUUUAGCAAAGCUAGGAUAUACCUUUCCCUGCAACACAAGUCGAGGCUGCGAGUUGAGGGUUAAACAAACUGUUUUAAUGGCACUCAUGCAUGGCAAUUUAUACAAGUUACCAGGCCAGAGGACAACCCCUCUGGACCUGAUUGUAAACUGGACAAUGCAAUGUCCCAACCAAUAAGGAUAAAGUGCAUCUUUUGAAACACUCCCCCCUAACCUGGAUAUAAUUGGUCCAAACAGUUACACUAACCUAAUUAUCUCCAAGUACAUGAAAAUACCACAUUUUAUUCCCCACAUGAAAAUAACAUCAAAAUACAUAACUCUUAUAUUUUAGUAAUAAAAUAUCCCAUUUGACCAUUCUCUGGAUAGCUCAGAUCUGAGUGCACAAAGUAUACGAAUGGUGCUCCGAUCUCACGAAUGGUGUGUUAGAGACACAAAAGUAAAGUCUGUUCAUAUAGUUUUUGUACGAAUGGAUUGGAUAACCGGCAUCUCCACGGGAUUCGUUUAAAUCAGUAGCCAAUUGUAGUUCCAGGAGUUUUAUAGUUAGGUCCUGCAGAGCAUUAGACGGUACAAAAAUGUCCGCUGUCUCAUGUUUCGACAAACGGACGAUGACCCCCUUGGAGUAAGUGAUUAUACUGCGGUUAACUGCAAAAAAUGCAAGUUAAUUAGAGACACGUCAGUGCCUAGGUGGUUGUCGUUCGACAGAUCUUUCAUCGGUUUGGUUCGGUACCCUGUUCGACUAUUUGUAUACAGACAGUGACCACCAUGAGGCUAGCCAAUUAGGCUGUGGUUAACCACAAACCGCAGCUCCUGGGAGGUUGAUUAACGGCACACUCCUCACUUAGGGUGGUCGGCCAUUCGGCAGUUCCUUCAUUUGUUAGAAAGAUGAACGUGGUUAAUUGGCGGCACACGCCAAGCAGGGCCUGACUGGGGAUACAUAGCAGCCCUGGAAAUAAAUCUAUGCGAGCCCCCUAAGUCACUGCGCCAUAUAUUGUCACAUGUAAUAUGUAAGGCUAUGUCUUACCACCCCAGAUGACAGAUGAUUGAGUAAAAUAUUAUCUAUAUUAUAUAUAUAUUGCUUUUUCUAAUAUACAAAAUUGGUCCUUUCAGAGUAAAACGUUUAAUUAUACAGUAAGUAUGCUCACAUGCAGACACUGACAUCUCAAUGACACACACAAGCUUAUUGAUACACAGCCUCAUAGACAAACAAUCUCACUGAUAUACAUCAGCUCAUUGACAUAAAAACACAAGCUCACUCACUAGCAGGCACACACAUGCAAGCAAGCUCACUCAAUAGCAGAUGCACACACACAGCUUAAUGUAGUGAGCCAGCCUCCUGCCUUAUGACUAUGGCCCUGGGGUGUAUGGUCCUUUAAAAACAUUAUAUGGGCAAAUUGGAUUGUAACACACUUUUUCUGCCACUUUUAUUCCAUGAGAAAAUGUGCCUCUUCCCCUCACCCGUUUUCCUGUCUAUUGUCUCUCCAGCAGGGCGUUGUCCCAGGGACACUGCCAGACCAGUUUAAACAGGCUGCUUUGUCCCUCCUUAAUCUCUCAUCAGCAUGUCCCUACAGGCUUUUCAAGGUAAACACUGACUUUUUGGAGAAAAGGCAGUGUUUAUAUUGCUUCAAAGUGGCACCGCUAGUGACAGUCACUCAGGCGGUCACUAGAGGUGCUUCCUGUGUCAGUGCACCUACAUUCAGGGGCUCCACACUCUGGAGGUGCUGAACGUUCCCCAUAGAGAUACAUUGAUUCAAUGCAUCUCUAUGAGGAGAUGCUGAUUGGUGUAGCGUUUUGCAGCCAAUCCUAAGGCAAAGCAUUGGAUUGGCUGAGAUCAUCAAGCUUGAUCCCACCUUAGAGGCAGGGCCAGUCGAGGGGAGACCAGCAUGCUGUGUAGGGAAAAAAAAGGUGAGCAAAAACACUAUUUUUAAAAACACUAUUUUAAAAAAAACAUAUACACCAUGACAGACACAGAAACACACAUAUACCAUGCCAGAUACACACCAUGACAGACACAGAAACACAGACAGACCCACACCAUGACACAGACAGACACACACACCAUGACACACACACAUAUACCAUGACACACACACCAUGCCACAGACAGACCCCCACACACACCAUGACACAGACAGACACACACUCCCUGACACACACACAUAUACCAUGACACACACACACCUUGACACAGACAGACACACACACACACCAUGACGGACAGACACACACACCAUGACAGACAGACACACACACACCAUGACAGACAGAAAGACAGACAGACAGACACACACACCAUGACAGACAGACACCACGACACAGACAGACAGACACACACACCAUGACACAGACAGACACCAUGACACAUACAGACAGACACACACACCAUGACAGACAGACACACACACACCAUACAGACAGACACCAUGACACAGACAAACAGACACACACACAAACACCAUGACACAGACAGACACAUUAUAACAGACAGACACACACUGUGACACAGACAGACAGACACACACCAUGACACAAACAGACACACACCAUGACACAGACAGACACACACAUCAUGACAGACAGACAUAUACACACACGCACACCAUAACACAGAUAGACACCAUGACACAGACAGACAGACACACACACACACAUGACACAGACAGACAGAUACACACACCGUGACAGACAGACACACACACACACUGUACAGACAGACACCAUGACACAGACAGACAGACACACACACCAUGACACAGACAGACAGGCACAUCAUAACAGAAAGACACACACCAUGACACAGACAGACAGACAGACACACACACACCAUGACACAUACAGACACACACCAUGACACAGACAGACAGAACAUAACAGACAGACACACCAUAACAGACAGACAAACUAACACUGACACACAUUACUACUACCUGCCAGGGGGUCGUUCAGUGCAGAUGGCUGUCUGUGCUGGUGGCCGCUGGGGGACUUGUGCUGGAGCCUGGCGGCCACUGGGGGAGCUGUGCUGGCUCUGCUCUCCCGCCCUCACACGCUGCUGAAUGAGACCUCAGCCGGAAUAUGAUGUCAUAUUCCAGCCGCGGUCUCAUUAAGCUGCAUGCUGGGAGCAGAGACAGCGCAGCUCCCCCAGCGGCCGCCAGCACAAGUCCCCCAGCACACCCAGCUGUUUGCCCAGCCCCAGGUGCUGAUGGCCCACCGGGAAAUUUCCUGGUAUCCUGGUAGGCCAGUCUGGCCCUGACGCCAAGGGCCGGGUGGUCGGCUAUUCGUGCAUACGAAUAGCUGGCAAAGCUUGUUCAUAUAAACUGUAAUAGAAAAGUAUCCAUGUAGUAGCAAAAGUAGCAAUAAUAUAAAAGUAUCCAGUGUAAAGACAACAGUGAGGGUCUCAUAAUAGGCAGCGGGGAUCUCUGUAACAUGCCUAUUUUGUCAUAUUGUUUAGUGUAUGUAUUGCCUCUAGUUCCCCCAUUCUGUUAUUUAGGCUCCUUGCAUUAGUGAGCAUACAUUUAAUAUAAUAAGUCACUUGUACUUUUUGUGAAUUAUCAACAUUGCAUACCUUCUCUGUUCUGAGCUUGCCCUCCUCCCGUCUCCACCCCCCUUAUACUGAGCUAAAGCCCAUCUCCUUUCUGUCCUAUCUCCAUUUGGUAGAUUGCUAUGACCCUCCCCUUACUACUAUUUUAAAAUCUCCUCCAACCUUCUAGUCAUCCUAUCCCCCAGCACUACUCCCGUUUAGGUGCAACCCAACACUGCUAUAAAGGUGUUCCCAGUCGGCCCAGUGCUCUACAAACCCAAAACUCUCCUUCCUGAACCAAGACUUUAGCCACGCAUUUACCUUUCUAAUCUCCCACUGCCUUUCCACUGUAGCGCGUGGCACAAGUAAUAUCUUAGAGAAUAUCACAUUGGCUGUCCUUUUCUUACGUUUGCUACCUAAUUCCCUGAAAUCAUUCUUUAGAACAUUCCAUCUUCCUCUCACCUUGUCAUUGGUACCAACAUGGACCAUGACCACUGGGUCAUCCCCAGCCCCUCCCAAUAAUCCAUCCACUCUGUCAGCAACAUGCCGGACCCGAGCAUGAGACUACAGCUUACAUUGUAUUAGGACAAGGAACUCAGGAAAGGCGCAUGGAUGGAAACCAUAGUUGGAAUAAAAAUGUGUAACCUUGAUGGAGUGAUGCAUAUGGUUGUUGUAGGUGAAUUCUGCU